CAACGAUUUGCAGCCACAAAAGAACCAACACGCUGCAAAGAGACGCUGUGCCACUGACUGGAGUGACAUUGGCAUAAGGCUGCAGUCAAAGGCGAAGCUUGCCAGAGAUCCGAACGCCUUGGCCCACCAAAAGCACCAGAAAAGGGUGGCGUGAAACGUCCCGGUGACAUGCACCUUCGACCUCGAACCUCAAACCUCAAACAUCAUCGCAUUCAACCUUCAACCUUUCCAUCCUCCUGCGAUUCCGCCAGCUUCGCAUCGCCUGCGCCAUUCAACUUUUAACAUCUACGAUUCAAAGAUCUAGGUCUGUCUAGAGUCCAGAUCUGAGAUUUGCGCUCUUGAUUCUAUCAAGCUUGCCCAUCAAGCUCGCAGCUCUUCGCAGCUCUCCCACCUUGGCCCUGUCGCAACUCCCAAAAGACGACCACCAUGUCGGACACGGCAAUGGCGUUGGCCAAUUUGCCUCCUCCCGAGUCCAACCCUGAGACUCCGUCGGAGAUGCCCGGCACGCCCACGAGCACCACCACGUCUCUGUCGGCCCUGUCGACGACCGCCAUCAAGGACGGCCAUCGCGGCCAUUUCCACACGGGCCUCUUCAGCCGCGGCCACCAGCACAACCCUUCCGCCACCAGCCUCGAGGCUGAGCGCGCCGACCGCAUCUCGCGCCUCGCCGGGCUCGAGCGGGUGUCGACGCUGCGAGCGCCCCAGCAGACGCCUAGCACCGGCCGCGCCUCGUCUCUGUCGCCUCAGACGACGCCGACGUCGACAGCAGGCUUUCCGCCCAACUACCCGCUGACGCAGCACCUGACCCCCGCCUACUUCGACAGCAAUGGCCAGCCCGUUGCCGUGACCAAGAUGAGCACCGUCGGUACCGCUAGUGCUACCGAGAGCCAUCCUAGAACGAUUGGCGACCGCGACGAGGACAUCCUGAGCACCGACACAAACUACCGCGAGGCUGGGUCCGUCACAAGCACUGGCGUCGACCACGAUGCUAUGGACGAGGAUCUCGAGGGCCUCGGCGGCCACUCGACCGGCUUCGAGGACCGUAUGAGCGACGACGGCUCGUCUCUCGUCGGCUUUGGCGAAGGCGCCGGCAGCACCGUCUCCGGGCCCAUCUACCACCGACGUCCGGCUCCCGGCGCCGCAUAUCAAUGGGGUCUCGAGCGGACCAACUCGGGCAUGAGCGACGCUAGACGAGAUAGAGACUCGUAUAUGUCGGCAAGCGGCGGUGACACGCCGAUGAGCGCCGCAGCCAUCCAGGAGCGCCAGCAUGCUCGCAUGAUGGAUGGCGUGGCCACGGACGGGCCGCCCACGAACCCAAUCACCCCAGACCAGGACGUCUUCGUCGACACAACCUUCAGAGGACCGGUUCCCGUAGGCCGCCAGCCUGGUAGGGAAACCGCAGAGAGGAUCGUACAACGACUGGAUAGCGGCGAGUCCAGGGCGGGACCAUCGGGAAUGGGCAGCCCAGGUCGGGGAGGCGACAAGCUGGGCAAAUUCUACUUUGAAACUGACAAACGGGAUGAUUAACGAGGGAGACGGAGAGCGUUUAUCAUCUUUCUAUCACUCUUCGAGUUUAUGUAUGAUUCUGAUUUCUUUUCUUUUUUUCAGACUGGGAAUUCGGGCAGGCAAUCGGCAAAGGACACACAGCACCGCAGAUAAUUUCGGUCUACGGCGGUAAACAAAUACUAUGGAAGGGGGGCGUUGUAACACCACUUCUAUUCUUUCUUCUUCCUUUGCCCCCCUUCCUUUCUUAUUCGUGUAUCCAUUUUCUUCUUCCCUUUUCACGUUUUGCUAGGAGUCACGUUUGAUGUGUUUGACGGAUCGGGAAUUUGCUUGCUGGGAUUUGGUAGCUUUGGGAUUGAUCAAGGUAUUUCGGCUGAGCCGGGACGCUCUCCUACGUAUACGCACUACCUAGGAUGGAAUAAGAAACAUAUUGAUAAUUAAAAGCAUCAGGCUAUCUAUGUGAAC